AUGUCGGGUGAUUAUGAAAAUCAACGAUCACCUCAUCAUUCUCGUUCACGUUCAAGAAGUCCAAAUCGACUUUCACCAUCACAUAAUAAUCAACAAUCAUCAUCACAUAGAGAUUAUAAUCGAAACUCAUCGAGAAAUAUGAAUGGUCAUCGUUUUAAUGAUAGAAGAAAUGAUCGUUAUCGAUCAAAUAAUAAUAAUAAUAAUAAUAAUGGAAGUGGAAAUGAACAUUUCCAUAAUAGUGGUGGUGGAGGAGAUCGACUUAGUCAAGCAGUUAAUUUAUAUUCCGAUCGUGAACUUGGUUUAAAAUAUCGAUGGGAAAAAACAGUUCAUGUAUCAAAUAUUCCAUAUGAUAUGAGAUGGACAGCAUUAAAAGAUUUAUUUCGUACUGAAGUUGGUGAAGUAAUGUAUACAGAAGUAUUUGAACGAGAUGGAAAAUCACUUGGUUGUGGAUCUGUAGAAUUUCGAACAAUUGAAGAAGCAAAACGUGCUGUAGAAAAAAUGCAUCAAUUUGAAUAUGGUGGUCGAAAAUUAACAGUUAAAUUGGAUGAAGAAGGUUUUCGAACACGUCGAGCAAAAUAUCAAUCACUUGAAGGACGUUUGUCUCAAAAGAGUAACAUACUUCAUCAUCAUAAUAAUCUAUCAAAUCAAUAUGGUAAUACUAGUGGAAAUACUAGUAAUAUGUCUCGUUCAUCUCAAGUAGCAGGUCUUAAUAGUAUAGGUACAUCACUUUCUGGUUAUUCAUCUAAUGCUGGUGUACCAUCAUAUGUCUUACAAAGAUUAGGUAUUGAUGGACCUGUUACAAAUAAAAUUUUUGUUGCUAAUUUGGAUUUUAAAUGUGAUGAAAAAAAAGUUCGAGAAGUAUUUUCCUUAGCUGGUCGUGUUCGUGAUGUUACAUUAAAACGAACAAAAGAAGGUCAAAGUCGUGGUAUGGCUGUUGUAGAAUAUGAACAUCCGUCUGAAGCUGUACAAGCUGUAUCAAUGUUUAAUGAACAACAAUUAUAUGAUAGAAUAAUGGCUGUUAAAAUUGAUUUAAAAGAUGAAGGAAAAGAUGAUGGAAGAUCGUUAAAAUUACCAAGUGGUUUAAAAUCUAUUGGUGCUGGUUUAGGUAUUGCUGGAAAUCCAUUACGAACAAAUAAUGUUAAUCAACUUGAACCAACAUUACCACAAAUAAAUCCUAAUCCAAUACAAAAUAUUACACCAAAUGUAUCAGAUUAUAUGAAUCAUAGUGAUCUUACAGCUUUACAUGCACUUUCACAUUUAUCACCAAGUGCAAUUAGUGCAUUAACACAAUUAGCUGCAAGUGGUUUCUCAGGACUUAAUUCACUUACUGGACUUCAAUCCGCAAAUUCAAAUUUAAACUCAUCAUCAUCAUUAGGUAUUGAUCCAUAUUCAAAUUCUAAUUCACUUUAUUCAUCACUUGCUGGUGGAUAUUCAAAUUAUCAACAAUCAUCUGGUUUAACUGGUGGUUCACAAUUAUCAUCACAAUUAUCAGGCUCAUUCUACAAAGAUGACGAUGCACGUUUGGGUCAAACAGCACCUGUCGGAGUAUCAAACGUAUCACAGGUUCGUACACAACCGACAUCAUCAUUUGCAGGUGGUCGAGGUGUGUUGGGUACUGGUGUUGGUGGUGUCAGUGGACUUGGUUCAUCGUUAGGAGCAUAUACAUCAUCGAAUAAUAGUACGCAACGUUCAGUUGGAGGCGUACUUGGUAGUGCUGGUGUUACAGGUCCGAAUAACAAUGUUUAUGAUCGUUCACGAGGACGAUCACCAUAUCGUUGA